CUCUCCAGACCACCACUAACCCACGCCAAAACGCCGUGUCCGCCCCGCCAAUGUCGUUUUUCGGUUUCGACAGCUCCGCGCCCCCACGCCCGGCCCCCCACGCCGCCGCCGCAGACGCAAAAUCCUACGAUUUCCAGGACACUUACGAGGGCCUCGGCGACCCUGAGGAGGACGAUGUUUUGAACUCCGAGACUUUCGGCGUAGCCGAGGUCGGCCGCAACUUCGACUUCCACGGCCUGGCCGCGGGCCGCGCGCCCGUCUCGGCGGCACAAACACGGCCCGACAUGUCGUUUGCACGUGCCGCUGCCGCCAACGACGACGACUUCAUGAAGGACUUGUGGGGCGACAACACGCCGGAUCCGGCCGCCGCGCCCGCACCCGCCGCGGCGCCGGGCGGGCCUGCCGCGGCCCGCGACGACCGCAAGGUCUUGAGCUUGCAGGAAAUCGAGGCCCAGUUGACCGCCAUCGACGGCGUGCAGAACCGCCCGCCCACGGCCCCCCAGCAGCCGUUCUACGCGGCCAUGCCGGCCGGCUACGGCGGCUACAUGAUGCCGCAGGGCUACAUGCCGCCCGCGGGCGCGUACGGAAUGCCGUACCCGGGCCAGUUCAUGCCUAUGCAGCCUGCGUACCCGCCGCCCAUGGGCCAGCCAGGCGUGCCGCCCAUGGGGAUCCCCGGCAUGCCCAUGCCCCCGGCCAUGGGCUCGGGUGGCCAUGCUGCCGCGCGCCCUGCGGAUGCCGCCGGCCCGGUGAACGAGCGCCCUGCGGUGCCGGCUGCCGUGCCCGCAAAGAACGGCAACCCGGGCCUGGGGCCCAAGCCCGCGGCCAGGUCCGACAUGUCGCAGUUCCCCGUGUUGGGCUCCCAGGCACAAGCCACCGCCCCGCGGGACGCGCACCAACAGCAGCAGCAGCAGCGGGUCAAACAGCAACAAGCCCAGCAGCAAAACGCACUGCAGAAUGCGCCUGACUUGCUGCCUGAGGAGCAGCAGCGCUUGGCCAGACGCCAGGACAAGGUGGCCAAGAUCAUGAAGUACUCGGGGGUCAUGAACCCCAAGGACAAGGACUUUGUCACGCGGUUCCAGCUCUCGCAGAUCGUCACGGAAGACCCAUACAACGAGGACUUCUACGCCCAGGUCUACAAGGUGAUCCACCCGAAGGCCGCGCCCAACGCGCUCGGCGCCCCGCUGACGCAGCAGCCCAACUCCAUUGCCCAGGCCUACUUGGACCAGAGCGGCCACCGCUUGGGCGGCCGCUUCAAGCGCGCGGACGUCGCGUUGCAGAGAAUGCAGCAGCAGGUUCAGAAGGCCGUGUCCGUGGCCAAGGAGAGGCAGAAAUCCACCCACAGCGCUCGCGAAGGCGUGCUUGGCAAAAUCUCUGUCGGCUCAGGCAAAAAGCCCAGGCAGCAGUUGGUGAUUCUCAGCAAGGCCGCGCAAAAGGCCAAGGACCAGGAGGACGACGACGGUGACGUCGUGCCUCCCGUGCAGAACAAGACCAGGUCCCCCUCGAUCGCCGCGCCUUCGAAGCCCAUCAAGAAAUACAGUAAAAAGGAUAUCAUGGGCAUUCUCGAGGAGAUCAUCAACAACUUGAUGUCGAUCGAGAGCGAGUCGAGAACCUCGCCGGGAAUCGACACAAGCAAGCUCUGGGACUCCAUGCACGUGUUGGACCAGCCAUCGUCCUCGGGCGACGACGAGUCCUACGUCAACCCCUUCGUGCAAUGCCUCAACUACCCCAAGGCUUUGAAGGUGUUGCCCCGUCUUUUUAAGUUCUUGUCCCGAGACCAGAUCUUGACGGUCAUCACCUUGGUCAUGUCCAAUUUGGAGAACUUGAGGGUGAUCAAGGAUGGCUCCUACACCACAUACGAAAGCAAGAAGCUCCCCGUGGAAAUCUCCAAAUUGGUGGAUAUAUACACCUUGACGUUCUGCAAAGUGUUGAUGAACGCCGUGCAGGACUUCAGGUUCAACGAAAUCUUGAGCUUGCUCCUGAUUUUGGCGCAGCACAACGUCGUGUCGUUCGUCUCCACCACCAAGAUCGGCUUGUCUGUGAUCACAACAUUAUUGUCCAGAGCCGAGUUGAUGAAGGGCGAAGGGUCCAUUUCGGCCACCGACUUAUCCGAGUGGUCCAGCUGCUACGACGAGCUUUUCACCGCUUUGGAAUCGCGCAUCGCCGCCAUUUUCCCUCCGUCGCACGGCGACAUGGAGGACGACUACGUGUGGCAGUUCUUGGCCACGCUAUCAUUGGGCGGGAAAUUGAGUCACCAGCGGAUCAUCGUGGAGGAGGUGAAGGACGAGAUUUUCGGGGUCAUGAGCAGAGCAAAGGCCAUCGACAACAGCGACGUGGCGAACUUGUACAAGAAGCAGAGCAUGAUGAACAACUUGAACAUGUACUUGGUGGUGAUGGGUCUUGUCGCUGAUGAGAAUGAGAUCCAGGAAUUGAAGAACUGA